GGGUUUGCUUCGACCGCAAGGGUUUGUACUGGAUCAGUCAGUGGCACGCGCGGCAGAAGAAACACCGCGAGUGGUUUCCAGUCAAACGAUUAGGGUUUAGGAGGGCCUGGAGGUUGGCGGUUUGCAUCCGCAGAGACGCGGAAAAGGUGGAAGAAGAACCCACCAACUACCCCUUCAUCCCCGAGCUGGAGGAGGUGUUGGGUGUGACAUACCAGCGGAACGAGCACGGGCGGUGCUGGGUGGCUUAUUACCUGGAGUCAGUGGGUUGUUCCAGCAGCAGCAGCAGCAGCAGCAGCAGCAGCAGCAGCAGCAGCAGGUACCGCGUGGGCAUUCGCCACUUUCCCGUGGGCGAAGACGGCUUCGAAGCAGCAAGACAAAAAGCUGUUUCUCUUGUCCGUUCUUCUCCCCUUCCUUUAUCUCUUUUUCAAGUUUUCGACAGAGACCUCGUCGAUCGUUUUGCUGCUGCAGGAGCAGCAGCAGCAGCAACGGCAGCAGCUGCAGCAGCGCCUCCAGCAGCAGCAGCAGCAGCGCCGGCAGACCAGGGGGACCUCGCUCCGCCGCUCCUGGGGCCCCGCAGAGGGGCAUCCCCUGGGGGGGCCCCCGGGGGGGCCCCCGUGGGCCCGGGGGGCCCCCCUGUGGGGCCCCACAGGGUACAGGGGCCCCUCGGGGGGGCCCCCGUGAGGGUUGCAAACACUUUUGCUUCAAUGGCCCCUUCUGCUUCUCCUGCAGCACAACUUGCUGCAAUGGAGCGGCGGCUGCAGCUGCUGCUGCAGGGAGUUGAUGCUGCUGUUGCUUGGGCUGUUGCUGCUGAGGAGUUGGGGAAGCACCAGAGCAAGAGCAGCGCUGCUGCUGCUGCUGCUGCUGCUGCAGGCGGCGGCAAGGAAGCAGCAGCCAGCCCUGCAGCAACGCAGGAGCGAGCCCAUGCUGCAGCUGCAGGGAAAGAUGAUGCCGCCUCCAGGGCCCUUAUGGAGCGGCGGCCGCGUGCUGCAGCAGGCGCAGCAGAUGCUGCUGCCGGGGAUCCAGUGACCCCCGCAGCAGCAGCAGCAGCAGCAGCAGCAGGGGGGGAGUCGGAGCGGGGGGAGGAGGAGUGUGGGGCGGAGGGGGAGGAGUUGGGAGACGAUCCCGGAGGCGAUCCCGAUCCCGGAGACGAUCCCGGGGGAAGAGAACUUCCAAAAAUCGGAGGAGUUUAUUAUAAAAGAGAUGGAAAUUAUAAAGCCUGGGCUGCCAGCUGGCACAUCAAGGGCAAACGCGUUCGCCGCUACUUCACCGUCAAAAAGCACGGAUUCAGGGAUUAUAAAGCCUGGGCCGCCAGCUGGCACAUCAAGGGCAAACGCGUUCGCCGCUACUUCACCGUCAAAAAGCACGGAUUCAGGAACGCUUAUCUGCAAGCAGUGAGGGCGAGGAAGGAGGCGGAGCAGCAAGACGGGAUUUGUGUGAAGCAGAGACACCAACAGCAGCAGCAGCUGCAGCAGCAGCAGCAGCAGGUUUUUUCCGAGAGCUUUGGCAAGUCUUACUCCAAGACACAGCAGCAGCAACAGCAGCAGGAGCUGCUGCUGCUGCUGCAGCCGCGACAACAGCCCCACCAGCAGCAGCAGCAUCAGGGACCCUUGCUGGCGCAGCUGCAGCAGCAGCAGCAGCAGCAGCAAGCAGCAGCAUCGCUUUCUACAGAUUGCAGUUUGGGAGACACGGCGCAUGCAGAUGCGCGUAGUGAUGAGGGAUAUUCUUUUUCAGCAGCAGCAGCAGCAGCAACGGGUUCUACUGUUGCUGCUGCUGCUGCUGCAGCCGCCGAGCCUGCUCGCAUUCUGGCCCCUCCUCUGUGUGCUGCCCGCGCAGCAGUUGCUGCUGCCGCAAGAGCGGACAGCAGCAGCAGCAGCAACAGCAGCAGCAGCAACAGCAGCAGCUUCUGCAACAGCAGCAGCAGCAGCAGCAGCGAGGGCAUGAUAGACUGGCGCGUGGCGAGUCCGCUGCAGCGAGCGGCUUGGGCACUGGGGUGGCAGGUGGAAGAUUUGCUGCUGCUGGUGCAGCAGCAGCAGCAGCAAGGAGGGCAGCUGCCGCAGCACGUGGAGCUCGCGCUCACUAGGGAGGCGCUGCAUGCGCUGCUGCUCGACCUGCAUGCACAUGUUGCUGCGCUGACGGGAAUGGAUUGCUGCUGCUGCUUCUCGCCAUCUGCUGCAGUGUCUGUACACCAGCAGAACGCGCUGCUCCAGCUGUUCGUGCUGGGCCGCGUGCUGCAGCAAGUCUCCCGCUGCUGCUGCUUGGAGCAGCUGGAGGGGCUGCCGCAGCUGUUUGCUGCUUCUUUUGCUGCUGGUUUGCUGCCGCGGCAGCUGCCGCUGCAGCAAGUUCGCCAGCUGCUGUUUGCACUUUGCUGCAGCUCUCUCUUCUGGCUUCCCAGGGAAAUGUACUUGCCGCAGUUGCUGCUGCUGCAUGCAGACAGCGACCGCAAACGCGCCCUCAAACGCAGCAGCAGCAGCAGCGGCAGCAGCAGCAGCGAGGGCCGCGGGGAGGGAGCGGACCGCAGAGCGAGCGACGCAGCCAAACAAGAAGCUGCGGCAGCUGCAGCAGCAGCAGCAGCAGCAGCAGCAAGGUGGCAGGACUCUUGGCGCGAGCAGCAGCAGGCGGAAGAGCAAGAGACCGAGCUGCAGGACCAGCAGCAACAGCAGCAGCAGCAACAGCAGCAGCAGCAGCUGCUGCUGGAGUGCAGCGUGAAAGCUGAAAUAGAAACAGCUUUAAAGAGCAAACAAAGGGGCCCCACAGCUUCUCCCACUUCUGCUGAAAUUGUGGCUUACGUGAUGGCGAAGGAGAGACAAGGAGCUGGAGGCCGCGCUGCAGCAGCAGCAGCAGCAGCAGCAGCAGCGGCAGCGGCAGAAGCAGCAGCAGCAGACGCAGCAGUGGAGCCCCUCAUCGCAGCAGCACACCGACACAGACACCACCAGUGA